AACCGGGGCGGCGUCGGGCAGCGCGACGACGCGCGCCAUGGCCGAGGAAGCCAGGCCGAAGCUGUCGAUCAAGACGGAGCGACCCGUCGGUCAGCACGUCGUGCCUCCCAGUCCCACGACCCUGCUCGACAACGUGCCCUUCUCCCCGACGGACGGGAUAUGCACCCCGAGCCCCAAGAGCUUCAUGGGGGCUUUCAUCGACAACAACGGCGCGGUCCAGCACCGCCCCGCGCCCGGCGGAUGGUGGGAGUGGCAGGCGAGGCAGGUCGCCGCCGCGCACCAAGCCGCGGGAAUGAACCACAUGGGCGUGGGCGUGCCCCCGAUGGCGGUGCCCCCGCCGAACGUUCACCCCGCGGCGUUUUACGCCCAGUACUACGCCCAGCUCGGAAUCGCCGGCCUGGCGCCCUAUCAGGUCGCGCCCAACGGGAUCGUACCGCCGAGCCCGAGGCCCGAGGAGGCGCGGCGCGCGCGGGGACCCGGCGGCGGCGGUGACGCGUCGUCAUCAUUCAACUCAUUCGACGGGGGAUCGUUCCCGGCGUCGGCGGAUGGUUCCGCGUCGUCGUCCCCGGGGGCGUCGCCGGGCGCGACGGGGGGUUUCUUCCGCCCGAGCGUCCCGGGCGCCAGCGCGUCGCCCGGGACGGGGUUCGGGUUCGCGUUCGACCGCGUCCAAGGCGGUGGACCCAUGAAUGCUCAUGACCCAAGCGGUGGCGCGGGGAAGCAAGGAAGGAGGAGCUCCCGCGGCGGCAGGGGUUCCCGCGCGGCUCGGGCGAGGCGGCGAUCGGCGGAGAGGGCCGAGGCGGCGGGGUUGGCGUCUCCGGGGGAGGACGCCGGGGCGGGCGGGGAGUGAGCGAGACGGGUUUUGACCGCGGAGGUCUGCGACGUCGUAGCGCGUGUCGAGUCGGUGACUGAAUGUAGACUGCUUUUCAGUGAAGAUUUAUUUGCUCCG